AUGUCUACCUCCAACGGUGACUGUAGCAACGCCAUGCCCGCAACCAGUUCAGAUCACGAUAGCGUCAUUGCUGCCACACCUGCCUCAUUUGCAGAUGCCAGCACUAUUUGCAAAACCCCUGAUGCAGGAUCUGCGGAAGAACCUAGCACCCACAAUGGUUCAGUUGCCUCCACAAGCGCUGAAGGGGCAACAGCAUCCGAGACUAACGCAAAUGGUACUUUGGCAACAACAGCUGAUACCAAUUCCAAUAACCCACCAGCUGAUGCCAACUCCAAUAAGCCGAGACCCUCAGAAACACCCCGAGCCAAUCGCACGGAUGGAAAAACUGAGAAACUCACCAGUCUUCGAUCACAGAUUGCCUUAGAAAUGAAUAACGAAUUCGUCGAGUGCAGCGUCGAGGUUUUCUUGAAGCAUUACCUUCCAUUCGAGCCUUCUGAAGUAGCUGUCGAAGAAUGUAUCUUGAGACUUCUUGGAAAGGAUCCUGCUCCCACCAACGAUGCUAUUGAAGGCUGCCCCAGUGUCCAACAGGCCGCAGAACCACUCAGACGAUCCGCACGCUUAAAGACGCUUCACAAACCUGUCUAUAACGAAGAAGAGCCGAUAUUGUCGGAAAUCAUACUGGAGGAAACCACUGCGAGUCUUCGAUUCACCGACUAUAUGGAACGCCCUAGUAAACAAGAGGCAGUGGAGAAGACGUUAUUUGCCCCCUUGAAGUCUAUCGCUGAUGCCGUCGGAGGCUACAGCGAGACCUGUGACGGGAGGACUCGCAACAGUUUUCAGUAUCUGAAUUGCCAGGAUACAAUCAUUUCGUCGGACAUAAGGGGCUCAAACAAUAAGAUAGAUGCCUGCUUUUCAAAUGGAGGGAGUGACCUACACACCAAGUAUAUUGUUGUACCUAUUGAGCAAAAGAUCUCCGGUGCCAACAGAGAUUCAAACAACCGUCAGGUAGUAUCGGCAAAUGUUCAAAUUAUGAACGAUGACGUGCGGCGUAUGUUCACCUAUGGGAUGACCUUUGAAGGCGAUGAGGCAACACUUUGGUAUCACUGUCGCUCCCAUUCUGCUAUUUCGAAACAAUUCAGCUUUGUCGAGAAUCCGAAAUUACUUGUCAAGGUGUUCCUAUCAUUUCUAUUUGCAACAGACGAAGAACUCGGCUACAAUCCCGACGUCACUCUGGUCGAAGGCAAGAAGCGUCAGUACACUUUCAAAAUCCCCAGUUCUGAUGGGAAAUCGGCCAAGUUCUACCGCACUGUCAAAGUUCUCUCUGAAUAUCGCUCGAACAACAUUUCUGGUCGUAUGGCUCGUGUAUGGUUGGUGGAUCAGGUUGAUUCUGAAGGCAACAAGAUUGGCCCGCAGUGCAUCUUGAAAGACGUCUGGCUUGCCGUAAAUGCUCUCACUGAAAAGGAGAUCCAGACGGCCAUCUUUGCAGAUAUCGAAAAAUACUGUCAUCCCGAUAAGCCAGAUUACAACCUGGCAUCGGAUCCUCCUGAAGACUCUCCUCAGGCUGCUCUCAAUGCUAUCAAGAUGCGAAAUGCCGAGCUCGUUAAAUCUGGCGAGUACAAGCAGUAUUUCCUCGAAAUUGAAAGUGAUCAUGCUGGCAAGCCAUCCAAAGAUGUUUUGGAGGGAUGUACUCCCGUCACAGGCUUGUUUCAGAACGCCGAUGCAAAUAGGAUUGCAUCUUUGAACGAAAAUUCCAUUCGACCGGUGGGAUCGACAGGUUUGUCAAAGACUCGUCAGCCUUCCAUUAGAACAUAUACCCCCCGUAAACAGUAUCGCGUCAUCUUCAAAGAAGUCUGCCAACCCGUGGGUGAUCUCCCGACUUUGGGGAAGGUGCUUGAUGUGAUCCAACAAACUCUUAUUCCUCUUUCGCUCCUGUACUGUGCUGGCUGGGUACACAGAGAUAUAAGCUCGGGGAACAUUCUUGCCCAUGAAGUAGGCUCCGUCUUGCGGGCUAAACUUUCAGACCUUGAAUAUGCCAAGAAGUUUCCGCUACCUGAAGAUCAUGAAGGCAACGUUGAUCCCAAAACGGGUACUCCUUUCUUUAUGCCUGUUGAGAUAAUGCGAAACUCCUAUCUUCAUACUAAGGCGAGAAACCACAACAAAGUAAUAUCGCUCGUUGGGAACUUGAAGGAGGCAAUUCUCAGGCAUCAUACCCAGGACAAUCAGACUACGAACGGCAAACCGACUGCUACCCCGGUAGUCUAUAACUUCCAACAUGAUUUAGAGUCGCUUUGGUGGGUCUUAGUGUGGUCUCUAACUGCACGUGUCGACCACCAACCUUCCAGGAUGUGGGCCAACGAUAUUUUUCAACAUGACGACGUACUUACUUCUGCGAGGCUAAAUUUUCUGCGGCCCUAUCGUGGGGAUCCUGACGAACACGUGGAAGAUCUGCAACGUAUCAUGCUCCCUUCAAUCUCAGUUCUAAGCUACCUUGUGGACGCGCUCAGAGACGCUAUGGAUAUCGAUUAUUCAAAGCGUGAAAGCGGUAAUAUGCUCAGAGACCCUUUGUCCUAUGCUAUCAUUGUAAACCUCUUUCAUUUCGCUUUCCAAACACUCCAGAAUUCUUUGGACUACUUGAAAUCCAUUCCUCUUCUACCGAGCGCCCCCGUUGAUGGCCCUAACUCUGUCCAACCCGUUGACGUCACUACUGCCCCAGGGGCUCCGUCAGUGUCUGUUGCUCCUUCUCUUAUCCCCAGUCGAAAGAGACCCAAUCCAAAUACUGGUCAGACAGCACCCUCAGAAUCUUUUCAACCGGGCCCGGUCGACGAAGACGUAGAAGCUACCCUGGAACGGCAAAGAUCUAAGCGCAUCAAGACGCAGGAUGAUCCUAACGCAGGCGGCGGUUCAAAUGCUGGAGGCAAUGCAGCACCGGGAAAUUCGACGACAGGGCGCCGAUCCAAGUCGGGCACUCGGUCGAAAACUGGGAGGUCGUAG